AUGGCGGCACCAGCCACACCUUCCAGAAUCCUUCCUAAAUCGAACUUUCACAAUACACACACUACCACGAACACAGAAGGCUCAACGGCCCUAGAUGCAGUACGAACGGGCCCCUACCCCGCUUACCAAACGAAUGACGGCUUCGAGCAUCCUGAUCAUGUAAUUCCACCACGAGACUACACAGGUUUUGACAACCUCAUCAUUGUCUGCUGCCAUGCUAUCUUCCACCCGAAUGCCUCGUCUGCGGACUUCCCUCUGUUCAGCCCUUACGAUGAGAAAAAUUGGCAUCUCGCUCCCUUCCAGAAACCAAACCCGGACACAGGUAAACCAGGCGAGCAAGAGACGUUUGUGGCGCAUGCUCUGGCCGGUAUUAAUGUAUUACUGAGCGAAUGGUCACCAGACUUUCCACAAAGCACGCUCUUGGUGAUGAGCGGCGGUCCUACCAAACGCUCGUUGACUCCACUGAGCGAAGCUCGCUCCUACUAUCAUGCAGCACUGGCUCAAGAGCUAGCGCAGGGCAACCUGGGAGGCGGACGAGUACAUCAGCUCUUCUCAAAAGGACGCAUCCUCCUAGAGGAACAUGCUACCGACUCUUUUCAGAACCUGCUCUUCAGUGUACUGCUAUUUCGACGGAUAACAGGUCGAUAUCCCAAACAAGUCCGUAUCAUCACCCACGCUUUCAAGGCGCGGCGCUUCUUGGAUCUACACGCGCCUGCGAUCCGAUGGCCAUCGAAUAGUAUUCAAGUCCAGGGGAUCGAUCCUGUCAUGUCGGGAGCUGAGCGGGAAGAGACUAUCCAGGGUGAAGAAAAGUAUGGCUUCGCACCAUGGUUAGAAGAUCCACUUGGCACAGGUGAGGUCCUAGCGAGCAAAAGGAGGAAUCGAGGUUGGGACGAGCAGGUGGCAGAGCAGCUCGUCGACGGACUGGAGGACACCGUCAAAGAGCUUCUCAACGGCACUGUAUCAAAUCAACUGCCGUGGAACUCAAGGUCAUUAGAUGCAGCGGCACGAAAAUCAUCUUGA